CACAGAAGAAGCUCCUUGAUUUACGAUGACUAUUCAAAGAGUUGUGUCACUUCCCAAUCUGGUAUAAAGAAAUGGAAGUUGUUUCUUUUCUGAUACAGGCGAGGGAAGAAAGCGGAAAAUCAAAAUAUUUCAACAAGUCCUUACCCACUUCUGCUUCUUGAUUCUCUUUUAAAUAUUUUGAUGUGAAAGUUCUUCAACCUUCAUGAGUUGCUCACUACCCACUUGUCUAAUUAGAUCAAGAAGUGAUGUAAUCGCGGUGUUUUAGGUGAGAGGGGGAGGGGAAGGGGGAGAGGGAGAGGGAGAGGUAGAAGCAAAUGGAGAAGGCGUUCUUGGAUGUGAUGCUGGUUCCAACUUCGCUGGUGGUGAUGUUUGGGUACCAUCUGUUCCUGCUCUAUAGAAUCCUGAGGCGGCCGGAGACCACAGUCGUCGGCUAUGAGAACCACAACAAGAUGGAGUGGGUUGAGAGGAUGAUGCAGGGAGGUCCAGAGGCAACAAGGACAGCAUUAGCAGUUAUCGCUACCAACUUAUCGGCCGCAACAGUUUCGGCAUCCCUGUCGAUCGCACUCGCCUCCCUGAUCGGCGCUUGGAUCGGAAGCAACUCCCUCUCCUCCAAGUUAUUCACAGGGGCCGUCAUCUAUGGCGAUGUGUCUCCGUCCACGGAGGGCGUCAAGUACGUGACUCUGCUCGCCUGUUUCCUCCUCGCCUUCACCUUCUUCAUUCAGUCUGCGAGACACUUCGUCCAUGCCAACUUCCUCAUCAGCACCCCCGGCUGCGAAAUUCCGGUCACUUACGUCCAGCGCGCCGUCGUCUGGGGCGGCAACUUCUGGUCCCUAGGCCUGAGAGCUCUGUAUUUCGCCACCAUCUUCUUGCUUUGGAUCUUUGGUCCAAUCCCCAUGUUCGUGACCUCGAUUUUCAUGGUGACUACCCUCCAUGUGUUGGACACUAACUCGACUCCACUGCUGCAAUAUGGAGCCCCAAAGAAGGGAACUGACCUGAGGGAGCAACUGCACCUCCAAGGCCACCAUGGUGUAGCGGAGGCACUGUAGCCACUUGGGUCUCCUUGAAAUAAGACGAGAAAUCGGUAGCAUGUCAGGAGAUUGAAUCCUCUUUGGUAGUCAAAAGUAAAGUUUAAUGAGGUUCUCUUUUCAGGAAAGUGUUUAUUAAAUGUCUAGUGCUGAGGCGCUGGCGCUUCUGAUUCCUGCAGCUUUUCCAUGGUCUUGAUCUCUUUUUGUCUCUCUGCGGUUUUUAAAUCACCUUUUCUUCUUCCCUCGCGUGCGCCGGGAAUUAGCACUUGAUGAGAAGCUGAGUGGUAUGAUCAGUAAUCAAUCCAAACUAUUAGAAGGGAAACUCCAGAAUCUUUUCCCUAGUCGAAUCCGCAGAAUGUAUAUCAGGUGUUGCCCUGCA